AUGGGUGUCAUCAAAGGCCUUACAGACUACCGCAACGAAACGCGCUAUCGCGCUAUCCAAGUGUCCGAUGCUCGUCGAUCCGAACUGCUCAAGGAGUUGAAGAAGUCUGUCUACAAGGGCUUCGCAAAGUAUGUUGGCGAGAUGGCGUUGUACCAUGAGGCCCCUAAAACAUAUACCAACCGUUGUUUCGCCGCUGGUGAGCCCCAGCUUCCAGCUGGUGCAGGUGGUCGGCCAAAGAUGAAGGUUGGGGCUGAGACGGAGAACGUCCUUGAUGAUGAUGGGUAUAUCGUUGAUCAAGAGGAGGUUGCCAAUCCUGAUGAGGCUCGAAAAGUUGCGAAAAACAUCCAAACCAAGUACCGCAAGUACGCCGAGAACGCAUUCAGAUAUGCCAGCGCCCAACUGGAGCUCAACAAGGUCGCUCUCAAGCACACUGAUAUUCGACGAGUCAAUACCUAUAUUGUGAAGGCUAUGAGAGAUGCGCAGGAGUCGGAGCAUGGAGAGACUUGGGGUUUGGAUGACAUUCCUUUCCAAAAGUUCCACGCCAGACAAUAA